UCAGGACAGAAUCCGUCGCGGUGGAGUCUCGCUUCGAAACCGUAUACUGUCGAUCGCGAACCGAUCGGGACGUACGUAAGGUGUGGCGUGAGCUCAGCCGAUUCCUCAUCUUGUAGACGGUGUGAACUUUUGUGUUCUUCAUAUUUCAACCGACAUGAACCUCCUUCUAUUGGAUCUUACUAGGAGCGUGCAUCGUACGGGUUCAGUUUGCCUUUGAGUUUUCGCAUUGGAUUUACUUGCUACCCGGCAGUGAAUAACGACUGGUGUUGGUUGGUCAGGAUAUGGAGAACUGUUUUUUAAAUUUUAAGAUAUUUUUCAGUGCAGUUCAAUAUACAUUUUUAUUUUACAUUUUAAUAUUCGAAAGUCACUCUACGUGCCACGAUUUUAGUAAGUUAUGGCCUUGCGCUUAAGGGGUAACAAAGAUGUCAAAAAAAGCUCUUAUUAUGUCUGGUACUUGGGCGCAAGGGAAGCCAAAGGGGUGGAUGCCAUGCCUGGUGCCAUAGCUUACCUCCUGGAACGAGAACGACUUCAGGAACCUUUCAAGGUCACAUUACAGGUCAGCAGUAAAGGCUUGAAAAUCAUCCAGACUGUUCAUCCUGGAGGCUCGAUGAGGUCAGCGGUCAAACAUCUGGUCCCGGGUCAUGCAGUAUUGGCUGCCGUACAAAGAGAAGAUAUCGUAGCAGCGACGUUACUCUUACCGAACCCAGCGACAAAUAAUCCGGUACACGUACACGCGUACAGAUGCGAUUCCGUGGAGACUGCCGAAUUAUUGGGGGGUCAGUUAAAGGCUCUGGCGUCACAUUCAGAGAAUCUCGCCAGAGUCUCUUCCGUGGAAAAUCGUAUUCGCAGCAAUUUGGGAAGCGACGGUCGUAGCACGAGAGAAUCGGAGUCCUCCGAAGGAAGCGGAGAGCUGCGACAUGGUCCAGCUCAAAAUACGACAAUUUACGAAUCAUUGGCAGCUGAAUUGCGAGCAAAGUUGGGCAGAGGAAAUUCAGGCGAUGGGGAUGGACCAAUUCUGUUGCCACCACGUGACUAUGACACUGUUCACAGACACCGUGGAAAUUUGGCUGGCAUUGAAUUUCGUCGAUGUCUCAAUCAAAGUAUUGUAGGUGGUAACACUGCGAUCGACAGAGGUGGUACAAGAAGUGCAGCUAGCAGUGGUAUAGGAUCUGAUAGCGCGGCAACACCACCACCUUAUCAACCUCAUCAUCCGCUAGGACCCAGGCCAUCUCGACCAUCCAGAGAUUCAUCAUCAGAUGACGACUGGGGUAUACCUGCCGAGGAGAAUGACUAUCUACCGGAGACUGGCUCGAAUUUGACUCUGCCCAGAGUGGCCCGAAGUCCCGAACGACUUCCGGUUGUAGGGAGAGGCGUGUCGCCGCACAGAAGUCGCAGAGCGCCGGAAUUAAGACAGAGAUCACCGAGUCCUCAGUAUCAGCCCAGGAUGAAUCCUGGUGAAAUCGUCAGUCCCAGGGAGCGGUUCCACGAUGCUAAGGAAAUGUUCAGGGCAAUGGAGAGGGAGGUCAUAGCUAGGCCGGUUAUGGCCCGGCAACGAGAAAUGGAAAAUCACGAAGCUCACAGAUUAGAAUCCAGCAGACAAGUUCACGAGGAAAGAAUAAGUCGUCAGCCCAGUGGAUCUUCGUCAUCGGGAGUCAUUCAAGAACACCUGGUAAGACGAAGCCAUCCUGAUCACUUGGUACGUGAACCGGAAGUCUCCUAUAGGGCUCGGCCAAGACCAAGAACUCAUCAUUACCUGCCGGAACAUCCACCGGAUGCGGAAGUCACGCGAGCGCGACCACGCAGUUUCUACGAAAGUGCCUCUUCAGUCAGUAGGGACCAAAUACGAGAUCAUCAUAGGAACGUGAUAGAUCACAGAGACAUAAGAGAUCUUCGUGAUCGGCAAAAUUCACGUGAAUUGCGGGACAGACCACGCAUGCGCGCAACUGCCUAUCAAGAAUUAUCCGAACACGAAAGAUAUCCUGGUCUGGAUCGGGACAGUGCCAGACCACCGUUGGAAAUAGUUCCAGCAGCUGGUAGAUACAGACACAGUUAUGCGGAACCACCGAGACUUGGACUUGCCGCUCUUCAUCCUUACUGACGUCUCAAAAUAAUUUGUCAAAUGAUCCGUGUAUCGUCCUUAUCCAAUAAGACGAUCAGCCACAAAAUUUGCUCUUGCAUUAUUGCAAUUCGACUAUCCGGCGGUAAGAUAAUUUCGCGGGAAUCUCAAGCAUCUUUUGUCAAAAGAUGAUUUCGAGAAUGACACUCGGUUUUAUUAUAAAUAAGCCCCGUACGAGAAAACGUUAAUACUAUACUUAAUCAAAUCCCGACAAUUGGAUUUGAAACUGUCUGUAUACAGAAAAUUGUUCGAGGUGUACGAGCCGACGAGUAUAGUCGAUCGUACGAAUUUGUUGUAACAUUAUUAAAAACAAAUCGUUUACUACUUUCUAUGAUAUCAAUUAAUUGUUGUUAUUCGUGUUAUCAAAGGAGUGUAUAUCGUUAUCAAGAAAAUUAUGAAAAUUGUUUAUUCAUUAAAUUGCCUGUACGUACUUACAUUGUUAUACAAAUGACGCCUGACUAACGACAAUAAUAAUAAUAAUAAUUCGUACUAAAUAUUCGUAUUUUUAUAACUUUUCCUACGUAUCUUAUUAUUAUUAUUUUAUAUUUAUCUUUAAAUCUUUCUUUACUUUCUUGGAUUUUUGACAAAUUACGGAUUCAACAGUCUCCACGAUUCUGAUCUCCUAUCCCACGAAUGAAAGUUGACAUUAUUCACUUACUGCGGUUCUGUACGCAACGCGACACCGACACUCAAGCCAGUGUCGCAAGAGAGCGACUGGGUAACCGACACGAAACAAUGAAAUAAUACUCGCGAGAAUAGUGGCGCUAUGACUUUUACGGAAAAGUUGUUAAACAUUGCCUAAUCGCGAGUAAUUAACAACAAUAGACGUAUCGUAACGUGGUAACCGCGUUAAUUAAUUUAUUCCAUAACGACCGCGGUUUUUGGUUUACUCAUCCGAUGGAAAAAAAAUAAAAUCUCUCAAUAUCUACAGGAAAAUAAAUUGCAUAUUUUUUAUCCACAA